CCGCCGCCGCCGCCGGCGCCGCGCGCGCCGUCGACGUCACCCGCCGCGCCCCUGGCGGCGCGAAGCAGUGACGUCACCGGCGCGGGAAGCGGCCGCGCGCUGGCGGAGGGAGGCUUCGCCGGCGGCUCCGGUCACGUCGGCAGCAGAGAGGCCUCGCUGUGCUGCACAGCUCGGGGCCCCGGGCAUCCCAGCCCCUCCGCCACGCUCUCCGGCCGGGGAUGGCAGCGCUGAGCAGGACGCUGGGCGCGCUGCGACAGGACGCCCUCCGUGGGCUGCUGCCCGGGGCCCGCUGCCUCCACGCCACCGCUGUCCGUGACACCUCCAACAGGACCUCCGUCGCCCACGUCCGCCGGCAGGCCUACGGCCGCCUCUACCCCGUGCUGCUGGUGAAAACCGACGGGUCCACCGUCCGCGUCCGCUACAAGGAGCCGAAGAGGAUCCUCAUGUUGCCCUUGGACAGCAACACGCUGCCCGAGGCGGAGAGGAAAGCCAGGCUGCGGCGGCGGUUCCCUGCCAAGUCCAAGCUGGAGAAGGACGAAGCGUUCGAAGAGAUCAACCUGGACGAGUACAGGAGGUUUUGGAAGAAGUGAGGUGCUUCUAGGGUGGCCGCCAAGGCGCGGCGACCGCAGAAAAAGUUGGAAAAUAACCCAUUUUUUCAGA